AUUUGAAGGACAGGUAUUACUGCAAAAUUCAAAGAAAAAUAAUGGCUUGGUUGAAUACUUAAGAACAGUAUUAAAAUUGUGACAAGAAAAACAUUAUUUUAAUUCCACUGCAACAGAUAAAAAAUAUUACUAGAGUUCCUUCUUUUUUACUUUUUGCAUUUUAUAAAAAUAUAUUAUAUAAUUAUUAUUAAGUAUUUUCUUUUACUAUUACGUUAGUAUUAAUUCAAAUUCAUUAAAAAAAAUUGUAAGCAGCAAAGAAAACCGUAAAACUUCAGUUAUAAUAUAAAAAAAGAUUUACGAAGAAAAAAAAAAAAGAAAUAUCUUUCUGUUUAUCUCAAAAUCAAGCGGAAACAAUAUCGGAGAAGAAGAAGAAGAAAGUGAAAAAAAAAACAGUAGACACAGAUCGGCUGGCUGUGGAAAUGAAAUAAAAUGAUUUCGGUUGUCGACAUGCAACUUCAGUUUAGCUUUUGUAAGAGAUAGUUGUGCAGCGCGGCCUUACUGAAAUGAGCUUAUUACAAUCCCUAAUAAUAUAAAGAUCCAUCAAAGCAAGCUAAAGGAAACACCUGGAUUUUGUUUUGCAAGCAUAAUAUGAAUUGGAAAUUAAGAUAUGGGGUUGGAACUACUGCGCAUGCAAAAUGAAGUUGUUUAAUUUGAGAUGAUGGGUCUGGGAGAUGAUACCGUGGAUGUCCACCAGAACCUUCUUAAUGUUACUGGUGAUGAGCAUCAUGAUCAAAUGGAAGAUGAAGAAGAUGUAGAGAAACAACUACAGAACCACCUCUUUCAAAAUUCCACUAGGCUCUGCAUUCCUCAAGGAGACCCUCAUCUCGAGCCCUACGAGGGAAUGGAAUUUGAAUCUGAGGAGGCUGCAAAGGCCUUCUAUAAUUCUUAUGCUCGCCGUGUUGGCUUCAGCACCCGUGUCAGUAUGUCUCGUCGCUCUAGGCGUGAUGGUGCCAUCAUUCAGCGUUCUUUUGUUUGUGCCAAAGAGGGCUUUCGUAUUGACAAGGACAAGCCUGCGGAUCCUCAUAUCCGUGUAAAACGUCCCCGUGCUGAAACUCGAGUUGGUUGCAAGGCCAUGUUAGUAGUUAAAAUUCAGGAUUCUGGCAGAUGGGCUAUUUCUGCAUUUGUCAAGGAACACAACCAUGACCUUGUCCCUCCUGAUAAGGUGCAUUGCCUCCGCUCACACCGCCAUGUCUCUGGCUCUGCUAAGUCUUUGAUUGAUACCUUGCAGGGUGCUGGUAUUGGCCCUAGUGGAAUUAUGUCUGCUCUCAUCAAAGAAUAUGGCGGAAUCAGUAAUGUUGGGUUCACUGAGCGUGACUGUAGGAAUUACAUGAGAAGCAGUCGCCAGAGAACCCUUGGAGGUGAUACUCAGGUACUUUUGGACUACUUGCGCAACAAACAGGCUGAGAAUCCUGCAUUUUUCUAUGCUGUGCAAGGUGAUGAAGAUCAGUGCAUGAGCAAUAUCUUCUGGGCUGAUCCCACAGCAAGGACUAACUACACAUACUUUGGUGAUACUGUUACCUUUGACACUACUUACAGGUCAAACCGCUAUCGGUUACCAUUCGCACCUUUUACUGGCGUUAAUCAUCAUGGCCAACCUAUAUUGUUCGGUUGUGCGCUCCUAAUUAAUGAAUCUGAGGAAUCUUUUAUUUGGCUUUUCAAAACAUGGCUUACAGCAAUGUCUGGGAGGCCUCCUGUUUCAAUCACUACUGAUCAUGAUAGAGUCAUUUGUCUAGCUGUUACUCAGGUAUUUCCUGAAACCCGGCACCGUUUCUGCAAGUGGCAUAUUUUUAAGGAAUGCCAAGAGAAAUUAUCUUGCUUGCUGUCUGAACAUCCCAGUUUUGAAGCAGAGCUCCACAAUUGUGUGAACCUCACAGAGUCAGUUGAAGAAUUUGAAUCAUGUUGGUUGUCAAUAAUUGAUAAAUAUGAUCUCAGGGAGCAUGAGUGGCUACAAGCAGUUUUUACUGAUCGCCGGCAAUGGAUACCUGCGUACUUGAGGGACACAUUCUUUGCAGAAAUGUCUAUAACACAGCGCAGUGAUAGCAUCAAUUCUUACUUUGAUGGAUAUAUCAAUGCCUCAACAACCCUACAGUUGUUUGUUAAGCAGUAUGAAAAGGCUAUGGAAAGUCGCUAUGAGAAAGAAGUCAAGGCAGACUAUGAUACAAUAAACACUGCUCCAGUUCUCAAAACUCCAUCACCAAUGGAGAAACAAGCAUCUGAGCUUUACACAAGGAAGUUAUUCUUGAAAUUUCAAGAGGAGUUGGUUGAGACAUUAGCUUUUCUGGCAACCAAAAUUGAGGAUGCAGAGGCUAUCAGCAUAUAUCGAGUUGCCAAGUUCAGGGAAAAUCAUAAAGCUUACUUUGUUCGUCUUAAUGUUCAUGAGAUGAAAGCCACCUGUAGCUGUCAGAUGUUUGAAUUCUCUGGCCUUCUUUGCAGACAUAUAUUAACAGUUUUUAGGGUGACAAACGUUCUUAUGCUGCCUUCUCACCACAUUUUGAAACGAUGGACUAGGAAUGCCAAGAGUGGCGUCAUAUUGGAGAACACAUCACACAGCUGUUCACGAGAAUCUCAUACUGUCAGAUGUAAUAAUCUUCGCCAUGAAGCCCUUAGGUAUGUUGAUGAGGGGAUUAAAACUGUAGAAGUUUAUGAUGUUGCUAUGGAUGCUUUACAAGAGGCAGCACAUAAAGUGGCUCUUACGGAAAAGAAUGGAGGGAAAGUCGCAAUUGCAAAUGGAGCUCGACGAGACCAUCCCCAUCAGGGUAAACAAGCAAAUAAUAAUAGCAGAAAUCAGCAAUGGAGUUCAGAACUACCUGCAUCUACGAAACACGUAAAUGCCGAUAUGCAGGAUGAGCAGGACAGAAAGGUUCAGAAACUAGAGCGUCAGCUUGAGCGAGCACGAUGGAAGUGCGAAUUGUAUCGGGCAAACUUGCUUUCUGUGUUGAAAGAUAUUGAAGAGCAGAAGUUAGAGUUGUCAGUUAAAGUUGAGAACAUUAAGUUGAGGAUGAAGGAGAUGUGAUGUGAAUGCCCCAUUUUAGGUCUCUAUCUCUUUCUCUUUCAAGGCAAAGGCAUUGUGAAGGGUCUCUGCUCUUUGUAGUUUAGACAGAUUGUUGAAAAGUAUUUUUCUUUUUCCCUUUGGCAUAUAAAUAAAGAUAUGGAUAACCUUUUGCUUUUUC